AUGCCUGAGCGUAUCACCCUCUACACUGCAAAGAUCUGCCCGUAUGCCCAGAGGGCAGAGCUGGCCCUCGAGGAGGCAAAGGCAAAGUACACCAAGUACCAGAUCGAUCUGCAGAACAAGCCAGAGUGGUACGCCCCCAAGGUGAACCCCGCGAGCAAGGUCCCUGCCAUUGCCUACGGCGGGCCCGCCGUGCAGCCCGACCAGCCCUCGUCCGAGUCCGUCAAGCUUGCCGAGUCGCUCGUCCUCGUCGAGUUCGUCGCCGACCUCUUCCCGGACUCGCCGCUCCUGCCCGCGGACCCCGUCAAGCGGGCGCAGGCGCGCUUCUUCAUCGAAGUCGUCUCCUCCAAGCUCGUGUCCUCGUGGAACAACGCCCUCCGCACAGGCACACCGGAGGCCGUCCAGGCCUUCCUGGGCGGCGUCGAGGCCGUCCAGAGCCUCCUCCCCGCGCAGGGCUACGCGGUCGGCGAGUUCAGCAUCGCGGAUAUCUCCGUCGCGCCGUUUCUUGCGCGCGCGUACGUCGCGCUCGAGAACGAUAUCGGCGCGUACGAGCAGGGUGAGGGCGCGAAGAUCCUCGAGGCAUUGCAGCAGCCGCGGUUCGCGCGCUUCCAGACGUACUGGGCUGAGCUUCAGGCGAGGCCGAGCUUCCAGGCGACGUUUGACAAGGAGUACGUGACCGAGGCGUUCAAGAAGCGCUUUAGCAGCCUUCGUGUCAAGCAGUGACCCGGGAGGCUUUGAGAAACAGGCUGACGACGAUCCAAAUUGAAGUUUGUACACGAUUGCGCACCGUACGCCCGAGGAAGAAUCCACAUACAUGUUGUACAGUAAGGCUUUAUACACAAGAAGUGCCCAUGUAAGCAAUGUCAGAGGUAUGAAGGACUUAGUUCAGACUCAA